GGCACCCACACCCACCAGCCCUUGCUCGGGCGACCAAGCUUGUUGAUGGGAUGGCGGUUUCCCCAUUGCACCCGCCCACUUGGCUUCGCUUCUUUGCGGGCCGUGGCCACACGCACACGGCGAGGUACCACUGUGCGACUGCUGACCAUCCAUCCCAUUGUUGGGAUCUUGGGCAUCACCCUCAAAUCGAACUCCUGCAGGCCGGUGUCCAACUGUCUCGCAGCGAAGAGGAUCCCUGGUGGGCCCGUCAGGCUUCCAGACAACACUACCGAGUGGAGAACUGCAACCACCGCCAGCCAUUCAAAUCGUGACACUUCAGGAGCUUUGAGAGCUGCAUCCUGCGGGCGGUGCAUGGGUGCUUUUGGUGGCCAUUGGAUCUUGGCCGUGAAUCCGGGCUGGCCAAGAUGGCGGACGUGGGCCGCCGUCCGACGGGUACCUUUUCAAGGAAGGAAACCAACCCAGCUUCGAGUGAAAUCUCCAGGCACCAAAGUCAGCGAUCGUCAGUCCACCAUCAUCGAUCAUCCGUCUGCCCGGAUCAAGUCUCCAAUACGCGGCUACGAAGCUAAGCCGUUUAGGAUGAAGAGAGAAGCUACCCAUCAAGACCGUCCCUGGCCCCGUGACAGCCGAGAUCUCGUCCCAAUAUCGGCCUGAUUACAUGUCCACCACCUUCUUCCUGGGAAUUCACUUCACCGAUGCUGCGACGUAACCACACCUUUUCGUGGGACCGUAGGAAAACCGGCAUGAGAUUGAUGAUGGCCAACCUAUUCCCGGGGCUUGUCUCCAUUCUUUUCUCGCAUUGCCAAAAGUCCUCGAGAAACUGUUAGGACCAGCCUCUCAGACGACACAAAGCAGAAAAAAAGAGCAGGGGCCGCAAACGACGACUCAAUGCCGGAUUUGAC